GUUAUUGCAUGUCAGGGGAUGUGGGUUUUUGGUGUAUUUUAUGCUGGGGAUUAGUCUUCAUGGUGAAGCUGGUGGCUAGUGGUGGUCUCCCUGGUUCAGUUUGUAUGUGCUUUUCUGGUGUUUAAUAAAGAAGGUAUUGUGGUGGAAUGUAUAAAUAGUACAAACUGUUCCAAUCACACAGACAUAACACUGAUAAGGUGUUAUAUAUACACACUACAGGCUGUCAGAUCAACAAAGUGUUGGUCAAGAAAUCAGUAUAUGCUUCAAAUGAAAAUGAACAUGAUGCUAACUAACGCUGCUCUCCCAUAUCCUCAGUCUUCAGAUGGACCCAGGUUUGCUAAUAUUUAGUUUCUGUUUUACAGAGACAAAGAUGGGGGGAACAUCAUCGAAAUCAAAUCCUGAACUAAUUAAUCCUUGGAGGCCAGUAAACUGGAGUGAAAAAGAGAAGAUACUGAAAGACUUGGAAGAUUUAAAGCCACAGCUGGAGCCCCUUAGGAUUCUGCUGUAUGGACCAGUUGGGGCAGGGAAGUCGUGCUUCAUUAACUCUGUCCAGAGAGCCCUCAUAGGCUGUAAUUCCAUUUGUGCUCUGGAAAGCACAACAAAAAGUGGAGAAAGCUUCACUACUACAAUCAAAACGCACAAGCUGAAGAAGCGUGGAGGUGGAUAUUAUCCUGUUGUUUUCACUGACAUCAUGGGACUUGAAAUGAACAGAGGAGGGAUACACACUGAAGACAUCAUCAAAGUUUUAGAGGGUCAUAUGUUAGAUAACUACAGAGUAAGUACACAAUCUUGACCAGUUUAUACCGUUAACCCUGGCCAUUGGUCUGCUGUCAUGGCCAGAGUUUUAUUACACACUUCUAUAACCUAAGAAGA